UAUCUCUAUACACAACGCAUCAAGACCAAAGCAUUACAUUCAGAACCGAUUCGAUUGCUACGUCCGAGGAUACAUUGAUUCUUCAACAUUUAUCUCCGAGUAUCAAAUAUAAGAACUCGUAAGAUAUAUUUAAAUAACUAAUUUCAGGUAAUUUAUAGAGAUAUAUAUGAAUAUGUAUAGAUAAUCAAGUAGGUUGAAUGAAGGUUUAUGAUCGUGGGUUUCAGACCAAUUCCUUUGUGGGAAUUUCUGGGUUUGGGGAGUAUUUUUGUGGGUCAAAUUGGUUCUUUUGAAUUGUGAGUGAUAUGUUGGACUUUAGGAUAGGUGGUGAACUAGGGUUAGGGUUUUUGGAAACUUAAUUGGGUUUGCGUGGGGCAGACAUGGAAGAGCAUGAGGUUGAAGAAGGAGAGGCUUUCUAUUACCAGGACGACACAAGCAUUGACCCUGAUGUAGCUCUAUCCUACAUUGACGAGAAGCUUCAAAAUGUGUUGGGUCAUUUGCAAAAAGAUUUUGAAGGAGGGGUUUCUGCGGAGAACUUGGGGGCAAAAUUUGGUGGGUAUGGCUCAUUCUUACCCAUGUAUCAGCGCUCUCCUCCCCAUUGGUCUCAGCCAAAGUCUCCACCAAGAGUUCAGAGUGGCAAAAUGCCAAAAUCUCCUAACAAUUUGUCUAUGGAGGGUGCUCCCCAGAGUUCUGUGACUCGCUCAGAUGCACCCCCGUCUCUGAGGCAAGGAAAUGCAUCCCAUGUUACUCAUUUGUUGAACAAUCCAAAGGUUUCAUGUGGAGAGAUUACAGCCAGACAAGAUUCAUGCUUAUCAUCUGUGCAAGUUGCUGAAAGGUUCCCCGUGGUACAAGCAGCUACGUCGAGCAAGUUUAUCGAUCCAACUGAUCAGAGAAGGCUAAGGGUUCGGAUUAAAGUGGGUUCUGAUAACACAGCACGGAAAAAGGAAAUAUAUAGCGUCCUCGGGUUUAUUUCUCCAUCUUCGACUGCGGAAAAGAGCCCUGAGGGAACUGUUGGGAUGCUGUUUGAUUUUCAAGAGACUCGGAAAGAAUCUCCUACCAGCAUUAUUCAGAUUAUGACAUCUUCACCAAUCCCCGGGGGCCUUCUGCUGUCACCUCUCCAUGAAAACCUAAUUUGCUCGAUAAAUACUGAAAAACUUCCACUAGGCAGUAAGCCUGCACCUGUCCUCAGGGGUAGCCUGGAACAUUCUGCCAUUUCAGUGAAUGAUUCAUCUUCCAAGCUGGGAGAUUUGAAAUUGUUGAAAAAGAAAAACGCGAAAUCUAUGGGGAAGAAUGAACUUUUGGAGGAAUCAAAGAAUGUGAAUGGUUUGGAACUUGAGGAUGACAUGGUAUCUGGUUGGACCACGACAGCUGAAGCAUGCAGGGAGGCUAAGAAGGACAUCCCAGUGAAGAAAAGGAAGGUUAAUAAAGAUUGGGUGAAAGACAGAUUACAAUCCUCUGAUUUGGCUAAGGAGUCUUUGGAAUUAUUAUCGGGCCAAGAUGGUGGUAAGCUAGGGCAUGAAGAAGCUAAGAAUAGCUCCGUGGAGACGAUUGAGGAACACCAUGUAAGAAGAGUCUGCAAGGAUGUUUCUGUUGAUCUGGCGGAAGGUGGCAGGAGCAAAUUUGCUCUGGCCCCGAGUGAAGCUGAUUUUCAUGUUCCCAAGAGCGGAUGUGAUUUUGCAGGGGUUAUGGAAAAUUCGAAUCAGAAAGUUGGCCAGCAAGGUACCUCUCAUGGACAAGAUGAAAUGAAAGUACCGCAUGCUACAAAGAAGAAGUCAUAUGAAGGCAAAAGGAAGAAAAACGGAAGCCAAGUUUAUGGAAAGUUUUCUUCAGGUUUAGCAGAAACCUCGAGGGUUGGUAUUCCUGUUGCACUAAAACAUAGAAAGGUUGCUCAAAAGGAUGUUUGCAAGAUUCGUGACAUCUAUGCAAAUGUGAUUGACACGAGAAAAGAUUAUAUAGACAAACUGUUGGACCCAUCAGAGAGGCCUUCUGGAGAUAGAACAAAGGAUUCUAGUCUCGAGGUUGUCAGUGAACAACAUGCAUUUGUUGAUAAGUUGAAGGAGAGAGCCAGCUGCAAACAAGUUGAUGACCAGUUGACAUCAGAGCCAGUUUUGAAGGGUACUUCAAAUGAUGGUGCUCCUUACUCUAAAGGAAUCACUUCUGAGACAGAAAUGGCUUUACUGGAUCCUGUCUAUAUAGAAGAAGAUUGGGUUUGUUGUGACCAUUGUCAGAAGUGGCGUCUUCUGCCAUAUGGUGUGAAGCCGGAACAACUGCCUGAGAAGUGGUUGUGUAGCAUGCUAAAUUGGCUGCCUGGAAAGAAUCACUGUGAUAUCCUCGAGGAGGAGACAACAAAAGCUCUGCGAGAAUUGUACCAAUUGCCACUUCCUGAGAAUCAGAAUAAUUUUCAGAAUAAUACUGAUAGAACUGUAUCUGGAGUAACUUCAGCUGAGGUCCAGCAUUGUAACCAGAAUCUCAGUUCUGGUGCCAUGCAUAAUGGAGGAAAGAAGAAACAUAAGAACUUCCAGCUGUUGGAGGUGAAAAGCAGAAGCUUAAAUGACAUGCACCAGCCUCUUUCAGAGACGACUAUGUUAAACAAGUCUAAUGCUCAGCAUCCGAGUAAUACAAAGCAAAAGAAGAAAAGCAAGAGGGAGUCUGAUCAGAUUGGAUAUGGGACGAUGAAGAAGAUCAAGGGUGUAGGUGCACCCAAUACUGAUAAGUACUGGACUUCUGAAGAUUUUGGAGACCUUGAUAAAGUGGCUCCCAUCUCAAGUAAUGGUUUGCCAACUAAGGCGGUUGGGAAGAAUAUGCAGAAACAUGGUGACCACAGUCAUUCUAAGGAUGCAAAGCAUGAGCCGAAGGACAGGUUACGAAUUUCUGUAAAGAAACUGAGGGACCAUGCUCAGGUCCCGUUGGAUAGUGGGUCUUUCAAUAUUGAACCAAGUGAUGGAAGAGAAACACAUGUAAAGAAGAGAAAAUUAAAGGAUUGGCAGGAAAGUCAACAUUGUACAGAGACGUUGCAAAAUAACAUGAGUCAUCCUGCAGAUGGCAAGAUAUUGGUGAAGGUGGAGAGCAGUGACAGUGAAUUCAGGAAAGACAAGAAGUCUAAGCUGUCUAGGACUGAGGGGAAGAAGUCUAUUACCAGGAAGGGCGAUGAGAGAUUAAACCAAAACAGUAGGAUGACCAGAAUCCGCUUGUCAGAUUGUAUAGGUACAGUUGACAGGAGUGUUAAGAACGAUCAGCCGCCAAUAAAAUUUAGAGCAAAGGAUGCAUCUCUAUUGAGUUUGGAUGAUGUAGACUCAUUGAGAAGGGAUUUGGGACUUGAACGGUUAUCAAUGACAGCCACUUCAAGCUCUUCAAAGGUUUCAGAUUCACGUAAAAGUAUAGACAAUUACCAAAAGGUGAAAGGGUCACCAGUGGAAUCAGUUUCCUCAUCUCCCAUGAGGACUUCCAAUCUUGCCAAGCUUUCGCCAAGAAGAGUGGAGAGUUUAGGGAAAGAUGAUGCUAAAAAUGGCGAUUCCCCUUUAAUUGGAAGCCCAAGAAAAUCACUGGAUGAUGUUGGCAAUUUUGAGAGCAAUCAGUCUAGGACAGCAAGGAAAGGGAAAGCCUGUGGUGUGUUGCAUCCUAACUCUUUAGGAUUUCCGUUGCCAGAUUUUCGUGACACAGAUGCUAAGUACAAAUUCAGUGCCAAAUGCGAAUCAAUGGGUAAACCUCUUGCUGCAUCUGGAAAUGGCCAUUUGGGAAAUAGUGAUACUGAUACCUUGGAACUACAUGGACCAUGUCCCACUGAUAUGCAUGCUUCAGACCAUUCCAGCAGGGAGUAUAAAAUGAACAAGAAACAUCUUAUUACCGCACCAUUUCCGCAAAAAUCUGUGAAGGUUUCCCAUGUGCGGUCUAAGGGCAACUACAGAAGUGGUCACAAUAUAGAAAAAGGAACCAGGAAGCGUUCUGACCAAGUAUGUGUGAAAGAAGACUUGAAUCGAAAGAAAAGCAUGCCUCAUUAUGUCACGCCACACCAUGGAGAAAUAGGUGAUGUAAAACAUUACUUUUCUGAUGAGCGUAUCCUUAAAUCUAUUAAGGAUGAUAAGAGUGUUGACAAGAACGAUUCUGGAAAAUGGGUAAGUGAUGGCAGAAGAGAUAACCAGUUGAAAUUUGGAGAUCAAGAUAGUUCAGAUGCGAAAUUGGGUGCUCUAUGCAGCAAAGAAGGGAGAGCCACCAGACAACAGAACAAAACAGUCAAUCCAACUCAAGUAGAAAGGAGUGGGAAGUCACUUGUCAAUCCACGUCACACAGGCAAACAAGAUACACUAGAUUGUGUUUGCCAACUGGUACCUGGACUUCUGGAAGGAAAUCUACUGGAUUUUCCACCUGUUGAUGCUUCUGUGGAUGAUGGUGUGUCAAAACAUCCUCGAAACGCUGCUUUCGAGGAUGGGGCUCACCAGAAUAUGGGACAUUCUGCACCUGAUCAGUGUAUGGUCAGGGAUCUGGAUGCCGCAAGUCAUGUGAAACAGGAUGCGUCCACUCAACCAGCAUCUAAUGCAUUGAGAGAAGCUGAAGAUCUCAGAGCUUAUGCUGAUCAUCUUAAGGUCUUUCUAGACUGUUCUAUAUGCAAUCUAUUUUUUUCUUCCCCCCCCUUUGAAGCUUUGAUAUUCUGGUUUUGCUUUUCACAUGUCUCAAGUUAUCGGUACGAUUUUAGCAUCUUUGUUAACAUUUAUGACGCGUUGAUAUAUUGGUCUUGCAGACUUGCACUUGCACUUGNUAUUACCAGGAAGGGCGAUGAGAGAUUAAACCAAAACAGUAGGAUGACCAGAAUCCGCUUGUCAGAUUGUAUAGGUACAGUUGACAGGAGUGUUAAGAACGAUCAGCCGCCAAUAAAAUUUAGAGCAAAGGAUGCAUCUCUAUUGAGUUUGGAUGAUGUAGACUCAUUGAGAAGGGAUUUGGGACUUGAACGGUUAUCAAUGACAGCCACUUCAAGCUCUUCAAAGGUUUCAGAUUCACGUAAAAGUAUAGACAAUUACCAAAAGGUGAAAGGGUCACCAGUGGAAUCAGUUUCCUCAUCUCCCAUGAGGACUUCCAAUCUUGCCAAGCUUUCGCCAAGAAGAGUGGAGAGUUUAGGGAAAGAUGAUGCUAAAAAUGGCGAUUCCCCUUUAAUUGGAAGCCCAAGAAAAUCACUGGAUGAUGUUGGCAAUUUUGAGAGCAAUCAGUCUAGGACAGCAAGGAAAGGGAAAGCCUGUGGUGUGUUGCAUCCUAACUCUUUAGGAUUUCCGUUGCCAGAUUUUCGUGACACAGAUGCUAAGUACAAAUUCAGUGCCAAAUGCGAAUCAAUGGGUAAACCUCUUGCUGCAUCUGGAAAUGGCCAUUUGGGAAAUAGUGAUACUGAUACCUUGGAACUACAUGGACCAUGUCCCACUGAUAUGCAUGCUUCAGACCAUUCCAGCAGGGAGUAUAAAAUGAACAAGAAACAUCUUAUUACCGCACCAUUUCCGCAAAAAUCUGUGAAGGUUUCCCAUGUGCGGUCUAAGGGCAACUACAGAAGUGGUCACAAUAUAGAAAAAGGAACCAGGAAGCGUUCUGACCAAGUAUGUGUGAAAGAAGACUUGAAUCGAAAGAAAAGCAUGCCUCAUUAUGUCACGCCACACCAUGGAGAAAUAGGUGAUGUAAAACAUUACUUUUCUGAUGAGCGUAUCCUUAAAUCUAUUAAGGAUGAUAAGAGUGUUGACAAGAACGAUUCUGGAAAAUGGGUAAGUGAUGGCAGAAGAGAUAACCAGUUGAAAUUUGGAGAUCAAGAUAGUUCAGAUGCGAAAUUGGGUGCUCUAUGCAGCAAAGAAGGGAGAGCCACCAGACAACAGAACAAAACAGUCAAUCCAACUCAAGUAGAAAGGAGUGGGAAGUCACUUGUCAAUCCACGUCACACAGGCAAACAAGAUACACUAGAUUGUGUUUGCCAACUGGUACCUGGACUUCUGGAAGGAAAUCUACUGGAUUUUCCACCUGUUGAUGCUUCUGUGGAUGAUGGUGUGUCAAAACAUCCUCGAAACGCUGCUUUCGAGGAUGGGGCUCACCAGAAUAUGGGACAUUCUGCACCUGAUCAGUGUAUGGUCAGGGAUCUGGAUGCCGCAAGUCAUGUGAAACAGGAUGCGUCCACUCAACCAGCAUCUAAUGCAUUGAGAGAAGCUGAAGAUCUCAGAGCUUAUGCUGAUCAUCUUAAGAGCUCUGGGUUUGGAUUUGAAUGUAAUGAGGCAUAUUUCCAAGCUGCCUUAAAGUUUCUGCAUGGUGCUUCACUUCUCGAAACAUGCAAUCGUGGAAGUAGCAAACAUGGAGAGGUGACUCAAAUGCAAAUGUAUAGCAGUACCGCCGAACUUUGCAGAAUCUGUGCCCAUGAAUAUGAGAAAUGCCGCGAAAUGGCUGCUGCUGCUUUGGCCUAUAAAUGCAUGGAGGUUGCAUACAUGAGGGUAGUUUACUGCAAAAAUUCUACUACAAAUAGAGAUCGGCAUGAUUUGCAAGCAAGUUUACAAAUAAUUUCUCAAGGAGAAUCUCCAUCUUCUUCUGCAUCUGAUGUUGAUAAUUUAAAUAAUCAAGCAAUGAUGGACAAGGCAGCUUUUUCCAAAGCAAUGGGUUCUCACACCGGAAACAAUUGCGUUGUUCCUCGAAAUCGUCCCAACUUUGUUCGGCUGCUUGAUUUUACAAAUGAUGUCAAUUCUGCCAUGGAGGCCUCCAGGAAAUCCCAGCAUGCUUUUGCAGCUGCAAAUGUUAGCCUGGAAGAGGCUCAGAAUAAGGAGGUGAUCAUAUCUGUCAAGAGGGUCAUUGACUUCAGCUUCCAAGAUGUGGAGGAGCUUGUACGCUUGGUACGGCUUGCAAUUGAGGCCAUCAGCCAUCAAGGUUUCAGUGGUAGUAGGCAAUAAAUGAACCUUGUAGUAUAUCAUGUGUUUCUCUGGUUUAUUUCCUGGGCGAGCAGGCAUGUGGACAGGGGAAAAAAGAAGCAUUCUGGACAUAAACUUGGACUUGGUGAAGAGCAUGACAUUAACAGCUCAUUUCCUUUAUGUACAUGUGUACAAAAUGGGAUUGAUUUUCCAUUUUUGUUGAUAAUUUAUUAAUGUUCAGUUGUUUUUCUAUGUGAUAAGAGCAUAGUAUGUUCACCCUUACAUUAUAUGGGGUUGGGGAGAUUGGGACAUGUAAAAAUUCUUUUUGUUCAAGGACAAGUCUUGGAGUUUAUUGAGUGCACUGAUAGUCUUUUAGGAUCAUUGAUUCGUAGUUAGACGGAAAGAGGAAGAAUAGAGGUUAAGAACAUUUAGGCCACUUAGGAGCUUUGAGUUCUAAUUCAGUCAUGACCAGUCCAUUCUUAUGGAGGACUGCAUGUUUUGUUACCAUAUAUGUUACUGAUUUCUCAUGGAAUAGAAAGCCAAGUUUUUGAGGGAGAGUCCAUGUAUUUAAACUUCAGUUUUUGGCUCCUCCUUUUUUUUUUCUUCCUUUUAAUUUAGUCUAUUUAACUAACAGUGCCAGCUUUCCCAGGUUGCACGAUGACGUUAAUCUGCAGGUAACACGGGUUUAUCGAGCAUUGCCAUUCUUGGUUGUGUAAUUUUACAUAGCCCAUGAUCUCAUCACUUACCCAUCUUAUCAAGCCAACCGCGUAUAGCAGCAGUCCAUCAAAUAUUUCUGGCUCCUCUUAGCCUUCUUUUGUUCUUCAAUUCCCAGUAUAUAUGUUUUUCUCUGUGCAGGUUGUUUUUACUUGUUUCA